UCCUCAACUGUGCAACUGCCAGUCUGAGGGCACAGAGGGUCAUCAUGUCCUGGAUUAACCUGUCAUAGAGAAUAGGUAAGGUCAUCGCAAACCCCCUCACGCGAAAGGUAUAUAAUGUCCCGCGAUUUCACCACGUCGGUCAAUAUCUUACUCUGCGAAAUAUGGGAUUGAAAAGAAUGCCGAUAACAGCUAACCUACUGGCCAUUUCGCAGACUUUCCUCGCAUUAGCAGCGUUGGUCACCGCGGAUGCGCCUAUCGUUAAUUUGGGUUAUGCUCAAUACCAGGGUUCGGUGAACACAACUACAAAUACAACCAGCUUCCUUGGAAUACGGUAUGCAGCUCCUCCGCUUGACAACUUGAGAUGGGCAGCUCCGCAGCCUCCGCCGACCAUCUCAGGCGUUCAACAAGCUACCACGCAACCGAAUGAAUGUUAUCAAGGACCCCUUGGCACUGCCUCGACGAAUCCUUUCGAAAGCAUCUCUUUAAGCAAGAGGGAUGUCAGUCAGUCGGAAGAUUGCUUAUUUUUAAACGUAUACACCCCAGGAAGCAUGAUUGUGACCCCUCCGUCGGGUGGGCUCCCAGUAGUCGUGUUUAUUCACGGCGGAGGUUACGUUUUAGGAGCUGCGAGUUUAUACGAUGGUUCAAAUCUAAUCGUGGAAUCGAACUAUGGUGUCAUCACUGUCAUAAUCCAAUACCGCCUCGGUGUAUUCGGUUUUCUUGCUGGAGAAGCAGUCCAAGAAGGGGGUGCGCUCAACGCUGGACUACUUGACCAAAAUUAUGCUUUGCAAUGGGUACAAGCGCACAUAAGUCGAUUCGGUGGUGACCCUACGAAGGUUACGAUUUGGGGACAGUCUGCUGGUGCCGGUUCUGUGAUACAGCAUGUUGUUGCUCACAGAGGCAACACACAACCUCCCCUCUUCAGAGCUGCCAUCACGAGCUCUACGUUCUUGCCGUCACAAUACAACUACAAUGACCGUAUCCCGGAGACACUGUACAGUAUGGUUGUGAACGGAACAAACUGUCACUCAAGCUCAGAUACCCUCUCUUGCCUGCGCGCUGCAGAUGUAAAUACGCUGCAAACCUUGAACACUAACAUCAACCUCGACGGCUUCUAUGGCAUGAUCGCAUUCAUCCCUAUUGUGGAUGGGACUUUUAUCGUGGAAAGACCCACCGUAACACUCAGCAAGGGCCGUCUGAAUGGUAACUACCUUCUUUCAGUAACGAAUACGCAUGAGGGGAACAUCCUUGUGAAUCAAUCAAUGACAAUGGAUGUCGCGGAUUUUAUCGGGACGAUCUACCCGAACUUUGGUCCUGCUCAGAUUACUGGAGCAGCGGCGUUGUACCAGAAUAUGGGAAGCAACGUCAAUCAAGCAAAUCUUGCGAUAGGUGAAUCAAUGUUUCUCUGCCCCACUUAUUAUAUGCUCGAGGCUUUUGGAGGACGAGCGUGGAAGGGCGAGUUUGCAAUUCCACCUGGCCUGCAUGGAGAUGAUGUUGGAGAGUACUUUACUUCAUAUACGGGUGGUCCUGAAUUCAUCGAUGGUCCUCUAUACAAUAAUUCACAGUUCAUCACUUCCUUUUCGAAUUCCUUCAUGGCUAUGGUCAUGUUUGAGACACCUGACCAUAGAUACACCCCGGGAGAUAUCACACCUCCCUGGAACAUAUGGCAACAACGUUUCACAGAGAUGGUCUUCAACGAGACUUCUGAGGGAUUGCCUGAUGUGUUCACGUCGAAGACUGACACGGCCUUACUCGAGCGUUGCACCUACUGGCGAAGUGUAUCAGCGUAUAUACCGCAGUGAAUGAGCACCAGGAUCUGUUGCGUCGGCGGCUACUUGACCACGCGUGGGGUCAUGUCCUAUGCGUAAGUUUUCAGUGUACGAUUUGCCGUGAUGCCGUGUACAAUUUUCACAGUCCGCUAUAUUUAUUGUUGUUGUAUCGUCAUAAAGCAAUUGCAAUUUAUUAAAUAUUUUAU